AUGGCUUCGUCCGACAGUGCGGGAACGGAUCUAAGGCAGGGAGAAAAUCCCAGUAACCUCGAAGGCACUCGCAAAGCUCUGCUCAACAAAUCUGACUGGCUUGGACUCGCCACUUCACGACCAUUGAAGCUCCAUCAACGUACCCGGGACGACAUAGAAGGGAUAGGUCGUCGACGCAAGAAAGCACAAGUCAAGCAGGGAAUGGUGAUGCGCCAAAAGGAAUCGAAGCUCAGCGUGUCACGCUCAGUACCGCCCGCUCCCGAGAUUUCGUCACUACACACGGACGAGAUCAGUCUGAGAAUAGGCUCCAAUAUACAUCAGACCCAAACCACCUCCAGCGUCUUUGUUCGCAAAGAGCCUGUCCACACAGAAGAAAGAGCUAUACUUGACCUGUCGCCACCCAGAAAGUCUGUUGAAGAAGAGAAAAUACGCAACACAGGGGAAGAGACGUGGAGAAAAGAGAGCUCUGACAGUGUCCAAGUCCAUACUUGUCGCCCAGGCAGGAGAAAUACACCUGAUCUCGAAUCCGCUAACGAACCAAAUCUUGUCGCCCUUAAUGAAGCGGUUGCUCUUGGCCUCACGUCCUGGGACAGGGUCCGCAGGCACGCUCGGUCUGCGACCAAGACGAGUGUUUCGAUCGCGCACUCGUUGUCCCACGAAGGAUGUCCAGCACCUUUAGAUUCCGAAGUGGACGUCCACUGUAAGCAUGAAUCCUGUCAACUUGAUGAGGAACUUUCUAUUCCUGAUGGUUUUGACGGAGACUUCUCGCUGCAACGGACAAUACAACCCUUUCCAGACCUAAUUCGCCGUGGUAUUGCGGUGGGACUUCUGAAAGAUGGCAUGAGCCAAAGUUCAUGUCCAUUAUCCUUUCCCCAGCAGACUCUACAUUCUAGUCAGAGUCAUCCUUUAGCUGAAGAAGGGACGGAAGAUCCAUACGAAAACGAUAUAGGUCUCGAUGCUAAAGUGGUACUGAGCCAAGAGUUUACGUUGGAUGACCAAGUGAAACUAGAGCAGACCGUGGAAGGGCUUGAGCGAGAAGAUCGGCACCAAGGAGGAUCCUCGUCCGCUGCUGACAAUGUAGGACAGCGCGAUGCGAUUGAUUCGCUGUGGUUUUUUGACGGCAUCAGCACUUCCGCAACUGGUGUCAUGAUUGAUUCUGGGCGUGCGUUUGUCUUCAGUUCAAACGAGGCCGAGUCUGACGCCAGCUAUCAUCCUGUCGCUAUGGAUACUGACAAGGAACAUCCAUCUCGAACAGAUGAACUUGCCGACAACAUUAGCAGCGAGACAGGGUACCCUGUUACCUGCCAGGGUGUCGAGGAACGCGCCCCCUUGAGUACAGAACACCGCCCCCGUAUGACAUUCACUCGUCAACGAGGGCAACAUGAGGAUCAAACAGGUGCUUCUGAAAUGACAGUCAUGCCAAACGCAGAACGAAGCACCGGUACGAACGAUAAAGCUUGGAUGAGAUAUGUUUGUCCAGAGGAGUUUGGUCAGGUACAGGAUGGAUUCCACUUUCAAGCUGGCACAGUCACACCAACGUCUAUCCCUUGUCUGCUCAAUGCCACCCCAGGCAUCGACAAACCCUGGUGUUCUGACUACAGCAAGCCCAGUCUUUGGGUCGGGCCACAACAACCGGGUCCAGAAUGUGGAAUUUUUAACUCACCUACUUCCAUUCCCAGUGCUGUAAACACAUCCAUUUUUAAAGCAUCCACACCUGGCUGUGAGCAUUCGGAGACAGAUUUCCUGUCACAACUCAGUCCCAUGGAGGGUUGUUUCGAUGAAAGACUGGUUGACACAUCACUAUACAGCAACGCCCCGAGAACGGACCCUGCGAUUGACACUAGCCCAAUCAGGAGUUUGCACAAGUUUCGAAAUACGGGGAUCACAGAGGUUCCGAGAUCCCUUCUACCGACGAAAAGAAAGGCGUCGGAUCCACCUACGGAACGACCAUCAUCAGAUUGGCUUAGACCCACAGAUUUGUCGGGGCGAGAAGCGUUGGCGUCAAUGUACGGGCUGACCAACGGCUGGCUCUCUGGCGACUUCGUAAGUACGAGUACUGUACAGAACGAUAGUGUGACAACAACCAUGGGAAGCCCAGCUACAGUAUUUCAACACCGGGCCAAUAAAUCUGGUAAUACUCACGCUUCGGUCUUGGAGAGUUUGGAGAAGAAUGGCCAGGGAUCGAGGAGAGUGGCACACCGAGAGGAGGUCCCUGCCAGCAUUUUCAGCAGGAGUGACAAGCUAACGGCAGAUAUGUCGCCGUCUCUCUCGUGUAGAAGCGCGAGAUCGACGAAUGGAGAUUACGUGCAAGCAACAGCAUUUCCGUUGUGGUCUGACGUCUCGACCACUGCAUCGACACAGUUUGCCAGCUUGGAACCUACGAAUACCCUUCUGUCAGCUUCGAUGCCGUCAGUGAGCCAAUUGAGGCCUGGUGAAGAAGAGAACCAGGUCGUGGACACGCAUGCCACUCGAUCACGAUAUCUUGUUCGAGGAGCCAUAGGGAUUGCUACUCAGAUACCGCUCUGGGGCGAGGGUCAAGGAUAUGUUUGA